AUGUUCAAAUCAAAGCACCAGAAGUUGAUCUUACAGUGUUAUCCUCCCGGUAAAGGAGUCGAUAAGAAACCCAAUCCCUCGGAACUAAGCUACUUGUUAUACUAUGCUUCUACUCGGAGAGUCAAGUUAGAGAAGGUGGUGACGUUUUUGGAUCGUAAAACUAAACAUGAUACCAGUCACAAUCGUACAGGCAAUCUUCAAGUGACCUUAGCUAUAGUAUCUGCCUUGAUUGAAAAGUGUUCGGAUAAUUUGAACUCCUUUGCUGUCCUUGUGUCAUCCAUAUUGAAUUCCAUCAUCCUUACAAAUGAUUUGGCACUCUGUAAGAAUGCCAUCAAAACUUAUCGUGUAUUGUGUAAUCAUUUAGAUGGAGGGUUGUUCACUGGAGACCAAGAGUUUGUAAUGUUGUUCACGUCCAUUACCAAGUUGCUUAUUGGGUUGGGAUCGGAUCCUAAGAAUAUCAACGGGCCCAAUACAAUGGAAUGGAAGAUGAUCUCACUAAUGUGUUGCAGACAUGUUUCCAAUUGUAUAGGAUUCAAUGUGACUUCUGGUUCCGUGAUGCUUCAAUUGGCAGUGCCAUUGCUUGUGUCUACUAUCCACGGCAACAGCUCUCAAAGUAAUCUUUUGACAAGAUUGAACAGUAAUGUUAACAUUGAAUUUGGUACAGUUACUACUGGUGGUGAUGACGGCAAAGGUGGUCGUAGGCUUUCUAAGGUCACCACUGCUGGGAGAGGAGGUGGAAUACCUUCUCACAUAACUCAACAAGAAAUUGACGAUAACUUUGAAAAUGAUAAUGUACUGUUAGUUGAUCUUACUGAAGAAGCUUAUAGUGCAUUGAAGUCUAUUUUUAAUACCAAUUCAACCCUGCAAAUUUCCGAUGCUACAAGAAUAGUUGUCCAUACUAAUUUUGAAGCUAAAGUUGAUCAAUUAUGGGGCACCACAUUCUUGGAAAUGUGUACUAUUUGGAUUCCAGUUCAAUUAAGAUUUGCUACUUUAUCAACUUUAUUAAUCAAAUUGAUGGAGAUCUCCAAAUCUUCCACUGCUUAUAUUACUCAGUAUGAUUAUCAAAAGCUUUAUGCUAAUUAUGUUUUGGGUUUAAUAAGUUCGGAUGUUAAUAUGAUUGGGCUUUCAAUAUCAGACAUUAUGCAACAAUUACUUUCAUUACAAUCUUCAUUAUUUUUAACUCAAUCCGUUUAUCUUAGUGAUGAUGAUGUUGAAGAAUUAUCAUCAAUUUAUUCCCUUUGUAUCGAAGGAUUAUCCACUCAUAUUUAUUAUCAUGAUCAAAUUUGUGAUUCCAUCGAUGAAUUGUUAUCUAAAGUAGAUUAUGUUUUACAAUUAUCAUUCAAGAAUGAAACCUCGGAACCUUCCAAGAUUUAUGAGUUCUUAAUCUCAUUAUUGGGGAAUAUCAGUACGAUAUUUAAGAAUUUGCAUAGCAAUACUAGUUCUAUAACCAGAACUAUUGUUGAUCUUGAUCAUUGGGAUAUCAGUUUAUCGUUAUUGAAUUGUGAAACUAACUUUGAGGGGAUCUCAUCCAAUUUGGACUCGAGUGAAUUGAAUCAACUCAAAUUGAAAUAUUUAAAUGUCUUCAAUGAAUAUUUGAAUAAUGAAUUAUUGAAAAGCAGUCCUUCGAGUUCUUCUGAAGAUGUUAGAGAAAUCAUAUCUACAAAAUCAGAAUACAACUAUUUGGAACCAGAUAUCUUCCAAUACAUUUCUAUGCAUAAUAAUAUGGUGAAUCAUUUAUUUGCAAGUGUGGAUAAGAUGUUCAAUCAUGGGGUUAUUGAUGAACAAAUAUUAAAGCAAUUGGUGAUUUUAAUGAAUUCCCUUUCUAAGAUAUUGGGCAUUAAUUUCUUGGUUAAUUUCAUUCCCUUCUUUUAUCAUUGGACUUCUUCUUCAAAAUUGCUGCUGGAUGAAACUGAAGAAUUGAAUUCAAAUACCAAAUCGACCAUUGCUUAUGGUACAAUGUAUACCAGUUUGAGUAAUUUUGAUGGUCAAUAUAAACAAUUGGAUGGACUGGUUAUGACUAGUGACUAUUUCAAGAAGGUGGAAACCGACAUUAGAUACUUACUUUCUAAUCAAACUUGGGCUAGUGGUUAUUACUUGGAAUUGGACUCUUUGUCAAACAUUAAUAUUCUGGAUAGGGAAAGCCAGGAAGCAGAUGUUAAAUCCUUACAAGAAUUUAUUGGAUUAAAUGAUUUCACAUCUAUUUGGAUUCAAUCUACAAGACCAUUGAUUUUGAAUGUUCAUGAUGCCAAUGGAGAAGGAACAACAGAACGAUCAGAUGCAACAAGAAUAUUCAGUAGUAACUACUUAACUCUUGUGAGAUCAACCGAUAAUAGUCUUAUGGGAGGAGAUGGAGCAAGAAGUCCACUUUCGGAAAUGUCUGAUGCCGGUUCAUUCUUAAAGCCGAACGGUAAUACCAAUCAUCUUGGUUUGGGCUCAGCAACAGAUAUUAAUUCUAUUCAUUCUGGUCUUGUUAAACCCUAUAAUGGAACCAUCCCUGAUGGGAGAGCAAGUUAUAUUUCACCACGGAUUAAUGAUCUUAAAGAUGCUAUGAAUCAACCUUCAGGAGGAAUACUAAAGAAACAAAUGCUGGGGAAACCGCCCCAAACUUGUUCCACAUUAGGAACAAUGAAUCAGAAAGAUAUCUCAACUAUAUUGGAUGAUUUAGAUCGUCAUAUUAUAUAA